AAUUACAGGAACUUCCUUUUUGUUGUUUCGAUUGGAAUAUUACAUGCAAGUCAUGCAUUUGUUCACUUGCCAUUACAUGCCAUCAAAUCAAAAUGCUUUUUAAGGCAUUCACGACUUGGAGAUAUAGCUGUACAAUAAGAUAACGGAACACGGCAAUUAUUUAGUACGAAUACGUAUUUUGUUAUGCGUUUCCUUUUGUGUUUCCGCUUCAGUUGCAAACUUUGCUUCUUUGUGCAAUACAAAACAACAACAUCUGAAAUCAAAAGGGAGUUUUUCACGAACAUGCUGUUGAAUUUGUUUUUGUGACGCGGGCGGUUCGCGUACUUGAGAAGGGGGAACUUUGUAAAGUUACUUGUUCUGGCCUCUUGAAGACAGCUGCUAACUAUCUUUAACAACGUCGACUGAUAUGCAGCCCUUCUCCUGUACGCCGCCCUGCAAUAUUAGUCGAUUUCGAGUCCACAAAGUUUCAGCAACUUCGUGUGGGUUAACGCCGCUGUAUAGACGUGGUUAUACGAUUUGUGGAUUUACGCAAGAGACUUAAAGAGACAGCACAGCGCCAUGGAGGACAUCCAAAUAUAUGACCUCGGCCCUGAACCACAUAUCAACCACAGCCACACUGAUCCUACAUUCGGGUACGAUUACUACUCCUUCGACCACUACUAUCACGAACACGUGUACAGCAUAUUCGACUUUGAGAUUGUUAUCUACGGUUAUAUCUGGCCAGUCUUGGUCAUUAUUACGUGUCUAUGCAAUUGUCUUGUGAUCGUUGGAUUUUUACGAAAGCAUAUGCGAACUUCUGCUAAUAUUAUCUUGGUUUUCAUCGCAAUAUCUGACUCCCUUACCGGACUGGUGACCCUUCCAGCAACGUUCUAUGUGUACUCACGCGAACAGAUGUUGCUUUCUGAAGACUGGUGCAAUGCUACCAUGAUUACCAGGUUGUACAUUUCACGUGCAUUUCACACCAUUUCCGUCUGGGAAACCGUUCUCCUCGGGUUUCAACGGUUCUUGCAUGUACGACACCCUGCUGCCGCUAACCGUUGGUGCACGAUAAAGAAAACGAUCGGCAUUGUUGCUGUAAUGUACGUCCUGUCCUUUCUAUUGCACAUGUACCAUGCUUUUGACAUUAAGACUAGUCAUGGGUUUUGUCAUUGGGAACUCAAAGAGCCUUGCGGAUGGGGCUGUGCUUAUAUCUGGGCCUCGUUUAUCCUGGGUCACGCAAUUCCCUGCGUGGCGUUGGUGGCGUUCACGACACUGAUGUUGCGAUCAGUGAGCAAGAGACCUGGAAGCACAAGUGUUGACAUCAACGUUAGGCGACGAAGAGAGCAAAACAGAAACAUGACCAUCGCUGUUCUACUGAUAGUCGUCAUAUUUCUUAUACCGGAGCUGCCUUACGGUCUCUUCUACUUGUUGACGAUGAUACUGAUACAGAGCGUGCAGAAAAUACUACCUCUGAGAACCAACAGGAUUAUCCACGCCACGUAUGAGCUGGCCUUGGUGCUUAGCUUUCAUCUGAACUUCUGGGUGUACUGUGUGAUGAUUCGAAGCUUCCGUUCUGGCAUUAAAACUCUUUUUAAGAUGGCACGGUGCAAGGAAGGAACAUUGUCAGAACUUGAGAGCGAGCGCACGUCAUCUCAGAACAUGAGUUAUGAACUUGCUGGUAUCUCUGCAAGAGAGUCUCAAGACGUUGAAAUGUAAAAUCAUGUCGAAGGAUAUUGAGAUAUCCGAGCAAAGCAAAUCUGGCUGUGUUUGGUAUUUUUAUUUGUAGAUCAUUUUCAGUAGUCCAUAUGUUUCCUUUUGUUCAUUUACAACCAGGUUUAGAGCUGAUUGUAUUUCCAAUCAUGGAAUGGAUAUUUAAUAUUAAUAUAUUGAUUUCAGUCCAUAUAUCAUGAAUGCCUCACAAAUGUGUAAUCAUUGUAUGUGAGAUUACAACACAUAAGAAUAACCUCAUUCAUAUAAUUUUUAAUCUGUAAUCUUUAUUAAUACAUUGACUUUAAAACAUCAUUGUGUCUGUCUUCAACCUUGGUCCUUACAGCCGUCCGUUGGGCUUGUGAACUGUAUAUCCUUCCAAGCUGCUCGCAAUUCAAUAUUUUUCUCCUUUUACUUUAUUUGUUUACUUUUGUUCCAUUCCUCAUCUGACGGAAAAAAACAUUUAUACAUUGUUAUUUACAAUUUACAGUUUAAAUAUGUUAUUGUAUUUUUUAAGCUUUUUGGGGUUUAAUUUGGUCCUACAAAGUGCUCUUUUGUGCAAAAACUACGUUUACUAAGUACGUUCUUUACUGCCACAGAGUUAUUUAAAUGUUCAUAGGAUAUUGUUAGGCAAAUGCCUACGACUCUCUUUUUUUGCCAUAAAUCUUACGUCAUUUUCUUAGUUAGAGCACAUAAUUUAUAUUCUCUGUCGGAAAGUGUGAUAAUUGGUCCUAACCUAGUAUAAAUUGCAGAAUACUAUUCUUAGAACACUUCUUUUAUAGUUUUAAUUACA